AUGGAAUCCGCCCGUCAAGGCAUGCUAGAAGGGGCACCAUCAUCAGGUUCUCCUAACAUGGUUAUUGCGCCUGGAGAGGCGGGUACAAGCGGCGAUGCAGGGGGAACGAGACGCGAAAUUCGGCUAGCCAACGUUCGGGCGAAGGUCAAAGCGUUGAGCAGUGGGAAAAGCUAUCGUGCCCUAGAUGCAAUCACCGACCUGAUCACUGAAGCCCGCAUCAACAAGGCCAGUCUGCUCGAUGCACGCAAGGCUGCUGUUGAACUUGUCAAGUUGUUGACAACUCCCAAUGGCCAGCGAAGAGCCACCACAUACCGCGAUUUAUGUGAGCUGGGGCGCCACCUGCACCUGCCCAACUGGCACGGAUCUGAGCGGCGGCACUUGUACGUGUGGUACCACUGCAUGCACCGACUGCGGCUCGUCGAGGUGGAGGCGGGGCAGGCGGUCAUGAGGCAGGGAGAUGUGGGGGACACGGCAUACUGGCUGCUAACGGGGACAAUGGAGGAGUAUCGUACGGGGCCACCGUCACCGCCGCCGGCGCCGACAAAGUCCAUGUCCAUAUCCCGUUCCAUGUCGGUCAGCUUUGACCGAAUGAAGUCUCUCGGCGACGGCCGAGGGACCGCGGCGGCGCCGGCGUCGGAACCGCCGUCACCUCUAAUAGCUGUAGCAGCGGCGGCGGCGGCGGCGGCCGUAGCGGUUCCUUUGGGGUUUCCACAACCCUCCACACGCACCACAGCCGCCGCCGCUGGUGCGGCAGCCGCGGCGGCAAACGACAGUUCCGGGAAUUCCGGCAACUGCGGUGCCGGCGGCGGCGGCGGCGGCGGCACAGCGGCCGAGGGCACUGAUGCUGCGAAAUCGCCGUCGCCGUCGCCGGCAUCGGCGGCGGCAUCGGCGGCGGAGGGUGUUUCGGCGCCCCUGUCACAGAUGCCUAGCGGCAAGGAGGGCGGCUCAGGCAGCAGCUGCCGCGGCUCUCAGGACGUGUCCGGCGACGGCGGCGGCGGCGGCGGCGGCGGCGGCGUCUCCGCCUGUAGUUCCAGCGGAGACGGCGGUGGCGGCGGCGGCGGCGGCAAGGGGUCUGGCAGUUCCGGCGGCAGCCCCGGCCCCAAAGUGCGCCUCCAGGGCGGCGGCAGCGGUGGCGUGAACGAGGUGUCGACGCCGACUUUGUCGAGCGCGGGCGAGGUGGAGUUGGGGGAAAUUCGCUCCGCCGUCAAGGACGUCAAGACGUUUGGGCGGUUAGGGCAGGAGGCCCUGCAGGGCAAUCCGUACACGGUCAACGUACAGUCCACAAGCCCCUGCCAACUCGCCGCCCUAUCCCGCUCCGACUACCUGGCGGUUGUGGCGCUGGCGGCUAAAGAAAGCUUCGAGGGGCUCAGGGUCAUGAGUGGAUUGCUGGCGAACAAGUGGGGCGGGCUGGGGGAGGGGAAAAUUAGGGUUUUGGGGGAACACAUCCUGGGUGAGGUGGUCCUCAGUCGAUACAACGACUCGCGCAACAUCUCAGAGGAUUUCGUCGUUAAGACUACCGGGCAGCAGUUCGGCACCACAUCCACGCUGCAAGCGAGUUCCGACAGCGGCGGCGGCGGCGGCGGGGGGUUGGUUUCGGCCUCAAACUCCUCCGACAAGAAACGGAAUUUCUCGGCGCGGUGCACACAGUUGACGGAGUUUGCCAUAGUGACCAAGGUUGGCUACGCUCGGCUCAUCCGAAACCAGCUCCAAAAGUCUCUCGACACCCGGUUGAAGCUGUUGCAGGUACGUGUAGUUUUGGCAGCUGCGGUAGUGGUAAUGGUGGUGGUGGUAAUGGUGGUGGUGGUAAUGGUGGUGGUGGUAAUGGUGGUGGUGGGAAUGGCCAUCAUGUCCAACACCACCACACAGACCACCCUCACUCGCAUCGCCAUCAAUUGUCAGGACGAGACCUUCAGCGCGGGGAGUACUUUGGUGGACCCCGCCAGCCCCCCCACCCGCCUCUUCUUCAUCGUGGAGGGUCAGGCCAAGCUUUUGUGGGUGGCAGACGCCCUAGGACAGAUGCCCCCCUCGGAUCGGACGAUAGACGGAAAUGGUGGCGGCGGCGGCGGGGGAAGCAUCUCAAUGUCGGGUAGCGUCAGUGCGAACACGGCUAAUACAGACGCCUGCGCCAUGUUUGCGCUGAUGCGUAAAGGUUCAAAGGAUAGGAGCAUCAGGCGGCGGCGGCAGCAUCCGUACGUGUACGAGGUGGCCCUGCUCACCAGAGGGGAUGUGGUCAACGGAAUGGCCCUUCAUGGCAAAACCAGCUGCUUUACGGUGGUUGCAGCAACAAACCUCAAGGUAAUGUCGUUGGAGGUUGCCGGCGGGUUGGUUGCCCUGGAGCAGUUAUUCGGUCGGGAGCAGGCGACUAUGCUGAGGGAGCUGGUGCUGCUGCAGGCUGAAGUUCACCGAGAGCGAGCUGCUCACAUGGUCGCGGUACGGCAGCCGCAGCUACAGCCACACAACCAGCAACAGCCACAGACUGUGACGAUGACGAUUACGACUGUACUGCCGCACCCGCUGAUGCAGACGCCGCCGCCGCCGCAGCAGCAGCGGCAGCAGCAAUAUCAGCAGCAGCAAUAUCAGCAGCAGCAAUAUCAGCAGCAGCAAUAUCAGCAGCAGCAAUAUCAGCAGCAGCAAUAUCAGCAGCAGCACGUCACAACGGUUGUAGCUCAACCGGUGGCGCUACCGCGGACGAGGAUGAGGGUCCCAAGUCCAGGGAUGGCCCGGGAGCUGGGUCUGGAGGUGCCGCCGCCGCUGCCGAACCUUCAGGCCUCCUCCUCCUCAGCAUUGGAGGGCACGGGCCGGUCGCGAAACGGAAAGCCGCGAGCGCCGGAACGGACGCAGCUGGGGCUCCCCUUUGCCGGCAAUGUGGCGAUGUUGGUGCUGGAGAACCACUCGGAUCUGAUCAAGGUUGUGGCGCCGUACCCCACCAGCCUUGACUGCGUGGCGACCCUGCGCCAGGCCAUGAAUCUGCCAGCUGACCUGUCGUACUGCGAUGACGACGGGCAGUGCGUGGAUGGGUCUCACGGGGGAGCUGCGGCUUUUGAGAGGUCGUACGGGGUGUACGACGAGCGGGCUGGGCACCGUGUGAUGGUAUUUUCGGCGGAGCCAAAGGCCGUCGCCGGCGCCGGCGCCGCCACGCCAGAUUCCUCCGGCGGCUGCAGCUCCUCGUCGCCGUCGGCGCCGUCCUGCUCCGAUACCAGCGCCGUCGGACCCGAAACGCCACCUCAGGCUGGCGAGAGCUCGUCGUACACUGGCAGCGCGGCCAGCGCUGGCGUGCAGGCAUCGGGCACUGCAGGUGCUGCCGGCUUAGUCGAUGCAGAAGCGGCGGCGGUGGCGGCGGAGACGGCCGCCAAAGGCGGCGGGACAGGGGACGGGGCUUACAGCCUUGACUCAUCGGCAGUUUGUACUGCUGACGGUGGUAUCGAGUCCAAGAAUUCGUUGACGCCCUUCUCGUCCAUGCCAUUAGCCUUGACGGUAAUUGACUCGGAUCUGUACGUCCAUCCCCGAAGUACCGGCGGCGGUGGCAGCGGCGACGACGACGAACCUGGCAGCAACCCCCGCAGCGGCGGCAAAGGUAAUAGCGCUGGCGGCGGCGGCAGCGCUGGUGGCGACGGCGAACGGCCAUUGCGCGCGCAGGCUUCUACCUUCCUGUCGGCGGCUCAACAAAGCCCCGCGACGUGCGUUGAGCCGCUGACGCUGGCGGCGUCGCAAUCUGUACUGCAGUUGCAGCACUCCGUGACGUCUUUGGGCGGCGGCGUAGCCGCUGCCGCUGCUGCCGCUGCCGCCGCCGCCGGCAGCGGGUACGGUAACAGCGCAGCCGCUACACCAGCAACGGCCACUUCGCCACAGCUGCAGACGUUGCCGUCGGCUCGCAACGCCGCGGCGAUGCUCAGCGCCUCGGCUAUCCCACUCGCCGCCGGGCAGCUUCACGUGCCGCUGGCAAGCGUGUAUCGGCGGAUGGCGCCGGCGCCGGGGGCGAGCGGCACCGCGGGCGCCAUGCCCACGCCCGUGCUCGCAGCGACCGCGGUUUUACAGCCUGCCGUCUCUGCGGAAACUGCCAAGCUGUGCUCCAGCCGCUUGGCCACUAUUAUGUCUUCAGGCCCGUUGGUGGAGGCGGCGGAGGCCGCUGCCGGCAUCAUGGGCGGCGGCGGCGUCACAGAAGCCGCCGCCGCCGUCAGCAGUGCCGCCAGCGCCCGGGCCUCGUCCCCUGGACCGCCUGCUUCCGCGUCUUCUCUGCCCCCGUCGACGUCGUCGUCGUACACGCGUGAUUGGGGAACGCAGAUCCUUCGAAUGGACCGCAGCGGGAGCCCGCUGGCGCUUUAUGGCGGUGCGGCGGAGGUGGCGGCGGCGGCGGGAGGUCCAUUGCGGUCGCCGGUGGCGGCGGCGACGGCAUCGACGGCGAGUCAUGACAGUGUCGUGAUCUUGCCACGAAUGGUGUUGUACGAGACGGCGUUGCUGGACGCAACUGCUGCUGUUGGCGGCGGCGGUGGUGGCGGCGUCAAUGGCAACGGAGGCGGCAGCGGGCCGGGGUCGCCACACGGCAAUGUACGACUGGCAUCUCUGGGCGCCGCUGCGGCGUCCGCCGCCGCCGCCGCGGCAUCUGCAACAGUUCCGUUAAGUACGGCUUCUGGGGGAUAUUCGACAUACAUACUGCCGGCACUGCCCAGCAACGUCGGUACCUCCGCCGCCGCAUCGGCAGCGUCUGGCGCCGCUACCCCGGGUAGUUCAACCCCCGCCCCACAAACCCCCCGCCUCCGACCACCACCACGGAUGCUGCGCUCCGUGGACGCAGCGCUGCCGUACCAGUACGGCGGCUCGCGGGAGCUACUAGGAUAUUUAUCCCCGGGGACUAGGUUCGGAACGGAGCCGGAGGACGCCGGUAUGGUUUUCACCGGCGGCAUCGGCGGCCGUCCCGUACGGUACGGCAGCGUUGGUCCCGGGGGCCAGCGGCGGCAGGGCAGUGGCGGUGGCGGCGGCGGUGGAGGGAUUAUGGGCAGCGCCGCCACUGCCGCCGCCGCUGCGCGGCGGCUUGGCGGAGUGUCACUACGGGAGCUCGCGGGCGUAAACGGAAUUUUUGACGACGGAAGCCGCGGUUUCGGAGCCGCCGGUCGCAACGGCGGCCCGCAUAAGCCCCCUGAGGGUCCGGAACUGCCCUUGGAGGUGGGUGAUCUUGAGCUUGAGCUUGAGCUUGAGCUUGAGCUUGAGCUUGAGCUUGAGCUUGAGCUUGAGCUUGAGCUUGAGCUUGAGCUUGAUUUUGGUCGUGGUCUUGACUUUGUUGCCUGGAUCACACCACCCUCCCUCCUGGAUGUGGAAGCGCCAUCUCUCCAGAACCGCAAGUUGUCGGAACCUUCCCUGGACGAUCUAAAGUACAUUUUGACUCGCUGGUCAAAAAGAUGGUCCCAAGAGCGCAAUGCCCCGAUGGGCCCUAUGGCGGUUGGUGCUAACGGUAGCAACGGUCUCCCGUGCCAUCCCGUCGCCACGUCAUCGUACGACCCGCAACAAGCGGAGCGCCCUGGCGGCUUGCCGCCUUCCAUCAGCAAUUCUGCCGACCUGUUUCGGUUCGGCUUUACUUCCGAUGACCUGUAUCGAAUUGCGCGGGAACACCAAGUGCAGAAACAAAAUCGGCAAAGUCAGCUACUGCAACAGGAGCAGCAGCAGCCGCAGCUUCAACAGGAAGAUUCGGUUGGCGUCGGCACAUUCAAGCGACCGUUGGCACAACUAAAUCUGUUUGGACUGCCGUACGUCGGCAGCACGCCGCGGAGCAGCUUUGUGGAUCAUGCCGCCACUGCCACUGGCGGCGGCGGCGGCGGUGCCGGCGGUUCGCAGCCGGCUGUAGCUCUUCACCUCUUAUCUCUACCUGGCGCUUACUGCCACAACUACUUCAACUACUACAACUACUUCAACCACUUCAACUACUACAACUACUACAACUACUUCAACUACUUCAACUACUACAACUACUAG